AUGGGCCAGCGAAAGUGCGAAUACGAACGAGCAGGCACGCGCGGGGCUCGGCGGAGGCGCGCUUGGGCUCCCGGCGACGACGACAGAGACGACAAGGAGAGGGGACGGAGGCGGCACCUGAAGCAGCGGUGGAGCCCAUGCCCCGGGACGGCGGCCGACGCCGAGGAGGCUCCUGCUGAGGCCGGGUCUCCCAGCUCCGCGUCACCCCCGGCCGACGGGCGCCUCAAGGCUGCAGCCAAGCGCGUCACGUUCCCAUCGGACGAGGACAUCGUAUCCGGAGCGGUGGAGCCCAAAGACCCCUGGAGACAUGCCCAGAAUGUGACGGUGGAGGAGGUGAUCGGUGCCUACCGGCAGGCCUGCCAGAAGCUCAACUGCAGGCAGAUCCCCAAGCUGCUCCGGCAGCUGCAGGAGCUCACGGACCUUGAGCACCGCAUCGACUGCCUCGACCUGAAAGGGGAGAAGCUGGACUACAAGGCCUGUGAAGCGCUGGAAGAGGUCUUCAAGAGGCUGCAGUUCAAGGUUGUGGACCUGGAGCAGACGAACCUGGACGAAGAUGGUGCCUCGGCCCUGUUCGACAUGAUCGAGUACUAUGAGUCGGCCACCCACCUUAACAUCUCCUUCAAUAAGCACAUCGGCACCCGGGGCUGGCAGGCCGCCGCCCACAUGAUGCGGAAGUCGGGCCGGCCGCUCAUGCUGCUCGCCACGGCCCUGAAGAUGAACAUGAACCUGCGGGAGCUGUACCUGGCCGACAACAAGCUCAAUGGUCUGCAGGACUCGGCCCAGCUGGGCAACCUGCUCAAGUUCAACUGCUCCCUGCAGAUCCUGGACCUGCGCAGCAACCACGUGCUGGACUCCGGUCUGGCCUAUAUCUGCGAGGGCCUCAAGGAGCAGAGGAAGGGGCUGGUGACCCUGGUGCUGUGGAACAACCAGCUCACGCACACGGGCAUGGCCUUCCUGGGCAUGACACUGCCACACACACAGAGCCUGGAGACCCUGAACCUGGGCCACAACCCCAUCGGGAAUGAGGGCGUGCGCAACCUCAAGAACGGGCUCAUCAGCAACCGCAGCGUGCUGCGCCUGGGCCUGGCCUCUACCAAGCUCACCUGCGAGGGCGCGGUGGCGGUGGCAGAGUUCAUCGCCGAGAGCCCCCGCCUCCUGAGACUGGACCUUCGGGAGAACGAGAUCAAGACGGGCGGGCUCAUGGCACUGUCGUUGGCCCUCAAGGUGAACCACUCCCUGCUGCGCCUGGACCUUGACCGCGAGCCCAAGAAGGAGGCGGUAAAGAGCUUCAUCGAGACGCAGAAGGCGCUGCUGGCCGAGAUCCAGAACGGCUGCAAGCGCAACUUUGUGCUGGCGAGGGAGCGGGAGGAGCAGGAGCAGCAGCUGCAGCUGUCGGCGUCCAUGCCCGAGAUCACGGUCACAGGGCCGCAGCCCCCCGAGGAGUCCGGGGACGUGCCGGCUACCGCAGCGCAGAACGGGGCCCCCAGUUCCGGGCCCGGCCCGGAUUCAGACUCAGACUCAGUCUCGGAUGGGGAGGAGGAGGAAGAGGAGAACGACCAGCAGAGGAAAGAGCCCAGCAGUGGCCCGAGCCCCUCAGCCCCCUGCCCUGCCCUGGUGCCCCCCGCGGACUCUCUGGGCCCUGGGGAUAGGAGCCCCCCAGGCAGCCCCUCCUCCCCCACCGAGCAGCGGAUUUCUGUGUCCAGCCCGGGCCGCGGUCACAAGGUGUUCGUGGUGACCCGGGUGGAGAGUCCACCUGAGAGGGCAGAGCCCCCUGUGCCCCCCGGCCUUGCCUCCCCUCCGUCCCCACCUGUGUCCCCUGCCCCUGUCUCCCCGCCAGCCAAGGCUGUUGGCAUCCAGGAUCCAGGGUCAUCUGAGCCGGAGUCACCUCAGUCAGGGCCCCCGUUGCCCAACGGCCUGAAGCCUGAGUUUGCCCUCGCGCUUCCCCCAGAGCCACCCCCGGGGCCAGAGGCCAAGGGAGGCAGCUGUGGCCUGGAGCACGAGCUGCGCUGCCCACGGGACGAGAAGGCACUGGAGGAGCUGCUUCUGGAGGCCACUCAGGAGGCCGCGCAGGAGACACUGUGACACUUUCCUUCUUUCGGGUCGGUCUUGGAUGAGCUGAGGCCAGAGCCAUGAGAAUCUGCUCACCCUCACCCCAGCCCUCCCGAGGCCCAGGAUGCCCGGCCAGGAGCACCCGAGGACCCCGCCCCAGGAGCACUACAGCCUCGAGGCCGCAGCGCACCCAUUUAUGUGUCUGCCACUCGAGGACUCGGCUGGGGUGGAUGGGAGAGGACGGCGAGGAGGCCGCAGGGCCGCUCCAGUUCUGGAGCGCCCGCCCGCCCGGCCUACUGUGUCGAGGGCAGGCAUCCGUGGUGGCAGGUGGCCCCUUGGCCCCGCCGGGGACCAGGCAGGUGGCACGGGUGGUGGAAGUUCCCAGGACACCCCAGGCGGGGUGCGGGCCAGGCGGGUGGGGCUGGGUGCGAAGGAUCAGAGCUUUCUUUCUCUUAAGUGCAAUAAAUCUAUCAGGGAGCUGGGGCAGCAGUGGGUGUCUGGGGACCCCGCUGCCCGGGCCAUUGAGGCCGCGCCCUGGGAGGCACUACAACUGCGGGGGGGCGGGCAUGGGCGACUGUCGGUGCGGCUCUGUUCACACCUUUUCUAAUAAACGGGCUGGGCUCACCA